AUGAAGAAGGAGAGGAGUGAGGACAAGCGUGUCACAAACGAUGUGACAGUUCAGGAGUUCAAUCACACCAGCACCAGCAUCGGCGGCACGGCAGACGGCCUCCGGAGAUCACUAAAGGAGUUAGAGGACGACCUCAAGAAAGACGAGGCGGGCAAAAAGGAGUUCGAGACGUAUUUGAAGCAGCUUGAGACGAAGCGUGCGGACCUCCAACGCAAGGUCGAUGAGAAUAAGGCGUGGUUAGAAGCGAUUGAGCAGCAGGGCAGCAACAGCUCCGAACAGCAAUACAAGCGGCUGCUGGAGCAGAUUCAGACCAUCUACGAGGGCGCCAAGGAGUUCCACGGCAAGGGGAUUGACAUGCUCAUAAAGGAGUUCGGUUACCAUAUCGCCUAUAAGCGCUGGAAUGACAGCUUCACGGCUAUCCCCUUCAAGCCCAAUGCGCGACUCGGAAUAAGCAAGCCUUUCUGUUUCAAGUCAAGCAGCGCCUCAGUCAAGAGUCAGAGUACGGCAACUCCAUGA